AUGAAGGUCCUGAUUAUAUUAAGUGUCUUUGCCGUUGCCUCUUCUGGCGUAUCUGACAAUAAGAAAAGGAGUUUUCCUGCAGACUUCCUCUUUGGUUCUGCUACUGCGGCAUACCAGGUUGAAGGUGCGUGGGAUGAGGAUGGUAAAGGUGAAGGUAUUUGGGACUACAUGACCCACAACCAUCCAAAUACGAUCUCCGAUUUGAGCAAUGGCGACGUCGCUAGUGACUCCUACCACAACUAUAGACGCGACGUCCAGAUCAUGAGAGAGUUAGGUCUUAAUGCUUAUCGAUUCUCUCUCUCCUGGUCGAGAAUCCUACCGACAGGAUUCGCUUACAACAUCAACCCUGCAGGCAUUGACUACUACAAUAAGUUAAUAGAUGAGAUGCUUAAAUAUAAUAUCACUCCAAUCGUCACUCUCUGUCACUUCGACCUGCCACAAAAACUCCAGGAGCUAGGAGGUUUCGCCAACCCCAUGAUUAAAGAUUGGUUCGAAGAUUACGCCAGAGUUGCAUUUCAACAUUUCGGAGAUAGAGUCAAGUACUGGAUUACCUUCAACGAACCUGUCUUUUGCUCUCUUGGUUAUGGCUCCGAUAAAUUGGCUCCGAUUGUGAACUCCACUGCUAUAGGAGGCUACUUGUGUGCCAAGCACGUGGUGCUUGCACAUGCCAACGCGUAUCACGCAUAUAAGAAUGACUUCAAGCCAACCCAAGGGGGCCAAUGUGGUUUUAUUGUAGGGGUCAGUUGGUAUGAACCGCUGACUGAUAGUCCUGAAGAUAAGUUAGCUGCGGAAAUCAAGAGACAGGGAGAUUGGGGCCUGUAUACUGAACCUCUACUUUCAGCCGAAGGAGGCUUUCCUAAAGAUCUUUCAGCGAGGAUUGCGUCAAAGAGCGCUCAACAAGGAUUUUCCAAAUCACGCCUGUCAGACUUUACUGAGGAUGAGAAAAUUUGGAUUCGCGGUACCGUAGACUUUUUAGGAGUAAAUCAUUACACUGGUAGUCUGGUUUCAGCGACUAAAUACAAAAUUCCCGCCAGUGUGCCUUCUUCUGAAGAUGACUUAGACGUCGGUAUUUACAUACGAGAUGAAUGGUCUACUGCACAGUCGUCUUGGCUGGUGAAAUUUCCAAACAGCACCUACAAUGUUUUGACGGACCUUAUGAAGAGGUACAACAAUCCAGUUAUGUACAUCACCGAGAAUGGCUGGUCUACUGCCCCAGACAGCACCCUGGUUGAUGAUGAUAGAGUCACGUACUACAGGGAUGUGUUAGAAGAUAUACUGGAUGCCAUUGAUGCUGGUGUCAAUAUAAAAGGAUUCUUGGCGUGGAGUAUGAUAGAUAACUUCGAGUGGAUCAGAGGAUAUACGGAGCGUUUUGGCCUCUACCAGGUAGACUUCGAACAUCCAGCGCGUACCCGCACGCCCAGGAAGUCAGCAUUCGUAUACAAGCACAUCGUCAAGAACCGCUACAUCGACCGCGACUAUGAACCCGGGUCCAUGAUUAUGACCGUCGACGAGGGACAUUAA